UCCACAUACAAAGCGGCACCAUGCAAGAGGCAGGCUUUGAGCGGGCCCAUGUUCCUAGAGAUGUAGACGUUGCGGCAGCUGCUAGAGGAGUUUGGCUUGUCAAAGUCCCGAAGUAUCUGUCUGAAAAGUGGAAGAAAAACUCAGGGAAUAGCGAUGUUGGAAAACUGAAAAUAACUACAUCUAAAUUUCCUGAUCAAAAACCCAAUGUGGUGUUCACAUUGAACGACAGUCUUGCCAACCAGAAGGUGCCAGGAGAACAGCCAUGUCCCAAAGAACACAAGAUGAAGCUCACUGGACUGGGAAACCAGAACCUUGUUAUAUUCUCACAAAUCCCUUUGUCUGGAAAAAAAGAAGGAGAAGCAGGAACGUCGGAGUCCAUGCCCCUAGAGAAAAUUGCCCUAGAGGGUCGAGUCAUUCAGAGGGCAGAGUGUACUCCAUUAAUCAAAGACAAUAAAUAUCUGGACCUGAAAAGACUUCAAACAGAGGUGACCAACCGUCCGAAGAGAGAAGUCAUACAGAUUGACACUGUAGUUGCAUCAUACAAGCCUGUCAGUAAUCACAAGUUCAAUGUUAUGCAUGACGAGAAGGUGAAGAAUGAAGGCAAACGUCUGCGGGCGGACAAGGACAAAGUUAUGGAUAUGCUCUUCAAUGCCUUUGAAAAACAUCAGUAUUACAAUGUAAAAGAUCUGGUGACUCUGACAAAGCAGCCUAUUACAUAUCUGAAGGAGAUAUUGAAAGAGAUAUGUACUUAUAACAUGAGAGCUCCUCACCGCAACAUGUGGGAAUUAAAACCAGAGUACAGACACUACAAGGAGCAAGGACCAUCAGAUGGAUAAUAGCUCUCCGCCACAACCACAUUUAGCUUGUUUCCAUCAUAGCAGCUCCCCACGGUGACAAGAAUUGGCUUGUUGCCAUCAUAGCAGCUCUCCAUGGUAACAAGAUUUGGCUUGUUGUCAUCAUAUCAGCUCUCCAUGGUAACAAGAUUUGGCUUGUUGCCAUCAUAGCAGCUCUCCAUGGUAACAAAAUUUGGCUUGUUGCCAUCAUAUCAGCUCUCCAUGCUUUCUAUGGUAAGAAGACUUGGAUUGUUGCCAAUAAAGCCCACUCCAUGGCAUUUAGAGUGUGCUUGCUGCAAACAUAGUAGCUAUCCACAGAAACUAAACUGGGAUUGUUGUGAAUUUAACAUCUCUCUAAUGCAACAACUUGCUUUGUCAAUGAAGCACUUUCCCACAGCAACUUGACUUAGCUUGCUGGUAAUUAAGCAACUGUCAAAGUCAACGAGGCUUGGCUGGACAUUUUGAAGCAGCUUUCCAACUUAACCCUUUCACCCCUAUGUAAUUUUAGUAGACUCUACCAUGCAUUGAUCUGGCUGAGUCUAUUAUUGUCUACAGUGGUGAAAGGGUAAAUGAGUCUUGGCUUGUUGCCAGUACAGCAGUUUUCUACCACAAUGUUAUAGUUUAACUUAUACCCGGUACAAAACUUUUACAGAACUUCUCUUUCAUGACCAGGCCUGGAUUGUGCAUGUAUAGACACAGUAAACUUUUGAUAUAGUUAGAUAAUUGAAGAUCUAUGUUUGUGAGUUGAAAUCAGAUAUUUUAAUACUAUAUGUUUCCAGUUAAGCAUUUAGGUAAAUAUAAUGACAGUAAAAAGAUGAUAGAUAUAUUGGAACAUAGUAUUUCAACUUCUUGGUUGCAGCGGGACUGUUGAAAGCAAGAUGUCAAAUCAACAAAUUUAACUUCAGUUUAGAAUGGUUGAUGACUCAUUAUUUGUCAUUAGAUUUGCUGCUAAAGAAAGCUGUUUUCUUGCAUGUACACCUGUAUAUGGUGUAUCCUAUUCUCAAAAUUAUCCUUUCUUGAAAUUUUGUUAAUGCUUAAAUCAUUUUGUGUCAAACAUUGUUAAUACAUUAAGCCCACCUCAGUUAAAUUUUUAAUUGCACUACUGACAAGAAUGUUGUUCACUGUUGUUCUAAAAUGUUCAAAUUUGAUAAAAAAAAAAUCACUUUCAAGUUAGAUAACAAAUUCAAUGUGAGUUCGAGAAAACUGACAUGGUUUAAUACAUUAGUUAUAUGAUCAAACAUUUUCAAGGGUCCUGGAUGCAAAUUUAUAAACAUGCAUUACAUUAAGAUAUCGGGAAAUUGUCAUUACAAACAACUGAAGCAUUGUGCAUGUGGACUCAUCAUAUUUUUACCUGAUAAAGUAUUGAAAAAAAUAUUUAGCCACAAUUGAUCGUAUUUAACAGGACACCGUUAGAUAUCCUGUAUGUAGUUGGUCACAGAUCAACAUUGUUUUAACCCUUUCACCACUGUAGACCAUAAUCGACUCAUCCAGAUCAGUGGUAGAGUCUACUAAAGUGACCUAGGGGUGCAAGGGUUAACUAAGUAAAGUGUAAAACGUGUGUUUUGUUAUUGAAUUGGUGCAGUUAUUCAUUUCUUUGACAUCCAUUCACCUCAUGUUUUAGGCAAUGUCAUACAUGUAGGUACACAGCUAUUUCAGAAUUAUAACCACAUACAAAAACGUACCAAAACAAAAUUACUCUUUAUCUUUUGUCAAGGAAAUCUCCUGUUUAUAAAUAAGCCAUGACAACAGAUUGUAAAGGAUGGAUAAAAUAUGGUGUCAAAUAUGGAUAUGGAAGUGAAAAAAUGUAAGAAAGGGAAAGAUAUUGCUGUGUUGGAUGUUAUAUAUAUUGGGGUGUCGGAUAGAAGUGUUACUUGUAUUGACACUAGAUUGUAAGUGGUCUGUUGUAUAUAUACUGAGGCAUGUAAGUGUAUUUAAUAUACAUGAGUAUAUAAUAGUUUUACAGUGAUGAAUGAGAGUAUUUGUAGUACAUGAUGGUUGUAUGUUACUUUGUUUAAAAAUUUGUACGUUGAUGUGACUUCCUUUGUAAGAUAUUUUUAUGUACAACAUUGAGAGUAUAUUUACUUACAGUCUAUCUCAUUUCAAUAGGUUUCUGUAUUGUUCAUAGCAUGAACUGAAUAUCAACCAUUUUUUUUCCAAAUAAUAACUUGUUUUACUCAGUUUAUUGAUUUCUCAAAAAAAGCUACAAAACUUGAAUAAAAAUUUAUAAUAUAAAAUUUGAAUAUUUUAUUUAUAACUACAGAAAAAAGAACUAACGAUGAAAAAUAUCCAUAUAUUUUACUAGUUCUUGAAAAUAUUUCUUCAAAUGUAGGUUUUGGUGUUCCUAGAACAACCCUGCAAGUUAAAGGAAGAGAUAAAAUAGCAAAAAUUGAUUUAUUCAAAUUAAGGAGUUCAAGCAGUUUGAAUGGUUAGUAAGAAUUUGUUUAUAAAAUAUUGUUGUUAGAUGCUGAUUUCUGACGAGUAUGUACAACAAAAUUUCAAGGCCUACGAUUACGUUUACAGGUCUACCAGGCUUUUACUCCUAAAAUAUAUUAAAACGUCCGUCAGCUAUACUAUAAUUCCUCAGGUGAAUUGGAAAUAUAAUUUGUGUGAUCUGUUGUUAGAUUGAGUAUUUUGUAUGAACGUUUGGUGCAUAUGUCUUUUAAAGUAAAAACAAUAAAAGACUAUAAACAGAU